AUGUCCGACCUCGCAGAACUGGCAUCCAAGCUGUUCAACGCCAACAAAGAUUCCCAACCGAAGAUUGUAGGGACAGAGAAGCGCGUCCGCGGCCUCCUCAAUGGCCAAUACAUCUUUGACACCACGGCGGCGAAGCUAGUCUGGGAAAACGGAUUCUACCCGAACUACUGGAUCCCACGGUCGGACUUCCUCAGCACGGUCAAAUUCGGCGAAGACAAACCCGUCUCGGGCAUCGACUCUUCAACAUCAACACUCAGCGUCGACAACAAGUCCGUCGCUUCAUUGGUCGUCCCGGACUCGUUCAACUCCGAGCUGGCGGGCUACGUGAAGAUCGACUUCAAAGCCCUGGACGCGUGGUACGAAGAACAAGCCCAGAUUGUCUAUCAUCCGAAAGACCCCUUCCACCGCGUCGAUAUUCUCCCCACGGGUCGCCACGUGAAGGUGGAGAUCGACGGGGUCGUCGUCGCGGACACGGGGUCCGAAGGCGGCGUCAUGUCCCUGUGGGAGACCCGAUUUCCCGCUCGGUGGUACUUGCCUCGCACGGCGAUCAAGUGGGAAUACUUGACACCCAGCGACACGCACACGGGAUGUCCAUACAAAGGUGAGGCGAGCUACUAUAAUGCCGUGAUCAACGGGAAGGAAGUCAAGGACGUGGCUUGGUGGUAUAAGAACCCGACGCUGGAGAGCGGCAACAUUGUGGGCAUGUUGUGUUUCUAUCCCAACAAGGUUGAUACGUUCGUCGAUGGGAAGGCAAUUGAGAAGUGA